AUGCAACUCUCUCUACUUGUGGCCUUGUCCAUUCUCGGAAAAGCAGCGUCGAAUCCGAAUGAUUCGUGCUGGCCAUCUACUCCAGAAUGGACUUCUCUGAACAAGACAGUCUCCGGCCGUCUUAUUCGCACUGUCCCGGCAGGGUCAGUCUGCUAUCCCUCCGAACCAAAUUACGAUGCCCAAGCUUGCAAUGCAGUCCGUGGUAACUGGACUACCUGGCCUUUCCACUCAAGCAGCCCAGUCAGCACCGGGAAUCCCAAGUGGGAUGAUGCAUGCAGUCCCAUUUAUCCUAAUGGCACUAGCGUCACUAACAACGUGGAUGCUGGGAAAGAGGGAUGUUCUAUUGGGAAUUACCCACCAUAUGUGGUCAACGCCACAGAGAACCAGCACGUCCAGGCUGCGGUGAAAUUUGCAAAAAAGUGGAAUUUGCGGUUGAAUGUGAAGAACACAGGUCAUAGUGGUGGACGAAGCAUUGCUUAUGGAAGUUUAUCGGUCUGGACGCAUCAUAUGAAGAGUUUCGAAUUCCACGAUGAAUUCAUAGUAGAAUCAUGCCAGAAUAAGGAACCUACCAUGGCUGCGACCAUCGGUGCCGGGAUUCAAGACGGAGAAUUAUACGACAAUCUCGCAAAGCACAAUGCCAUGGCCGUUGGGGGCGAGAACCUGGAUGUUGGAGUGGUCGGAUGGGCCACUGGCGGCGGACACGGACUCGCAACCGGCACAUACGGCAUGGGAGCAGACAGCAUCAUCGAGGCUACCAUCGUCACUCUCGACGGUAAGGUCCUCAAAACCAACACAUGCCAAAACUCGGAUCUUUUCUGGGCGAUCCGUGGCGGCGGCGGAGGCACAUUCGGUGUGGUCACCAGCCUGACCGUGAAAGCCCACGAAAUGCCAUCUGUAACGUUUUCCUCAGUUGAAGUGACUGCUAGGAACUCAACUUCGGCCAAGUCCUGGUACAGACUCGUGGCACAGAUGCAUACCUACUUCCCCAAACUGCAGGAUGCAGGAAUGCAUGGAUAUUAUACCAUGUCUGGGUCGCCGAAGACGAUGACUGCGGCCCUUCUGCAGUAUAACGAGCCGAAUGCAACCAGUGCAAAGAAGCUUCUUGAACCGCUACAGGGGCUAUUGAACUCAGCCAACGCAUCAGUCACCCAUAGUAUCACUGCUCAAUGGGUGCCGGAAUGGUAUAGUCUGAUGCAGAUUGUUCCUACGUCUGGGAACACGGGCUCUACACGCAGUACUAGGGCAUCGAGAUUAAUUCCUCGUCGUGCGCUGGAGAAUGUGGACCUGCUAGCCCAGGUGCUCGAAACCGCAGCCUCGCCUAACAAUGUGACUGAUGGUAUCUCAAACCCAUCAAUUUCGGGAACCAUGACUAUCAGCCGAAAGAGCGUUGACAAUGCGUUGAACCCAGCGUGGCGAGAAGCAGCCGUUCACUUCAUCACAAGCCAAUCGUGGGACGAUACUGUCUCAGAGGAUCUGGCUGACCAGGCGAUCGAAGACAUGACCUUCCGAAGAGGAUAUGCAUUGCGACAGCUCGCCCCUGACUCGGGAGCUUACUUCAACGAGGCCAACGAGCACGAGCCCAACUGGCAGUGGUCGCUGUUUGGGAAGAACUACCCCCGACUCCAAUCGAUCAAACAGAAGUAUGACCCUGACGGAAUGCUCUGGUGUAAUCAUUGCGUCGGUAGCGAUGAAUGGACUCUUGAAGACAAUGGGUCCCUGUGUCGGGCCUUCUAA